AUGGUGUCCAGUAGUAGCAGCGAUACUGCCGAACCGACACCAACGACCACGACCACCAGAAAGGGUCUCUCCCCAAGAGUCUUGGAAACUCUGGACCCAUGUGUGGUUCUGAUGAAACAAUUGAUUGGUCAAUAUUCGCAUCUUUGGGAAGACAAGGGUGGCAUAUUCAGUCUGGCACAGGGAGUCGUCUACUGGGAACCACCCAAAACGUGUCAAGAAGCGUUACUCAAGGAAGUCAGCAAGCCCAGCAAUUUGUUGCACACCUACGGUCCGGCCCAAGGCAUUCCCGAAUUGACGGAAGUUUUGGAACAAAAGAUUGUUGAGGAAAAUUCUUUGACCAAUCACGACAUUAUGGUGACGGUCGGUGCCAAUCAGGCCUAUAUGAAUGUCGUUCUAACAACACUCUGUGAUGAUAGCAAGGCGGUAGUUUUUGCUCCGUAUUAUUUCAAUCACGUCAUGGCGCUUCAAAUGUGUUGUGGGAAUGACAGUGUGGUCGUCGGACCCUCGAGCUCGGAAGGCAUUCCCGAUUUGAAAUGGUUGGAAGAAACCUUACGCAAACAAUCCAUUGAUAUGGUAACCAUUGUCAAUCCUGGAAAUCCAACGGGAGUAUCCUUGUCCAAAUCCUUGUUGCAACAGGUGGCUGAUUUGUGUGAGCAAUACAAUGCGUGGUUGGUCUUGGACUGCACCUACGAAUACUUUACACUUGCACAAGAACAUCAACCCAUUGCUACCUUUCCAAAUGCCCCCCAUGUCAUUCACAUUUUUUCGUUAUCGAAAUCGUAUAGUUUGGCGGGAUAUCGAUGUGGGUACCUUUGUUUGCACAAGGAUGCCAAAGUGGUGAACACAAAUUCCAAUUCAUCAUCAUCAUCAUCAUCAUCAUCAUCAGCAUCACUUCUGCUCCACAACAUGAUCAAGGUCCAAGACACUGUCCCCAUUGCACCACCUCGCAUUUCUCAAAUUGCCGCCGUGGGAGCCUUGCAAGCGGGCAAGGAGUGGGUCCGAGCACAAUAUGCCACUUUGGAUCCCAGUCGGCAACUCAUUUUGGAUGCGUUGCGACCUCUCGAAAUCAUGGGUGGUUCGGGUGCCAUGUACGUCAUGGCCCAAUUGCCAAUACUACCGGAGGAUGAUUCUGUGAAUGGAAACAAGGCACCGGUAGUGAUGGACGAUGUGGAGGUUUGCCGUAGACUCGUGGAGGAAUAUGGAAUUGCCAUUAUUCCUGGAACCUAUUGUGGAUUCCCCGGAUGGGUCCGAGUCUGUUAUGCCAAUUUGCCGUUUGCCAAGUGUGAGAUAGCAGCCAAGCGACUACAAAAUGGUAUUCAAAAUAUUGUGUUACAAUAG